AUGAUUUUCGUAUGGCAUGCAUGCGCAGUGGCACAAACCAAUGGUGGUUAUGGGUACACUUGUAGAACACUGCAUGCAUUGGGGAUUGAACCUGGCACUAACUGUGAGGCAUAUGUUGAUGGAAUGAAGAGGAAAAGAGAUGGUGACAACACGAGAAAGAAAUUCUUGAAGGUCAAGAGGCGAAGGAAUGAAAUUCAUAGCAAGCAAAUACAUGGUAUUCUAUCAAGUAAAAAGAAGGAGGGCAAGACAUACGAGACAAAUAUCGGCCUCACAUUACCCAAAGCUAGUACCAGUAUCAGUACCACUGCAAAUGAAGAACUAUUUUGCCCUGACCUACCAGCUGAUACACUAGCUUCCUAUGAAGAGAUUGUCCCACCCUAUACCCCCAGAUCACAAUGUUCUCCCAUAGCAUUCGACGAUUAUGCUGCAGUUUUUUAA